AUGUUUGACGAACUAUUCCGGCGGCACUCAAUAAUAGAUCAAACUCGCAGAUUCGAUCAAAAGUCGUUGUAUGAAGAAGAAUGUCGUCGUCUUAUCGGUGUUGUCGAACAACUUUCUGAGCAACGCAAAGAGGUCCUUGAAGUAAUACGUACGGCUAACUCUUUUAUAAACGAUCUGAUCCUCUCCUUACAAUCACACAAUCCUCGAAAUGCCACCUCGGAGAAUCCUAAAGGCACAGAAAAUGGACGGAGUGAAUUGCUAAACACUAUUUCGAAACAAAGAAAUAAUGUACAAACGGUAAUGAAUGAGGAAACUAUUGAUGGUGAGAAUAACGUCGACGAAGGAGAGUUUGUGGAUGUAGAUAUUAACGCAGAUGAAAGCGCGAACUCACUUGAGUAUCCCCAAAAUCGUUCGAACGAUAUCGAACAGUUCAUCCAACAACAUAACGACGAAGGGUUAAAAACCGAACUGGUGAUUCUUCAAAGCCAAAUAAACCGUCUCAGAGUUGAGCAAACUAAAGUCACCGAUAUAUUAGAAUAUCAUAAAAAUAAUUGUAAACCAUCAUUGAGCAAGAGUAAUGGUGGUCAGUAUCGUGCGCGAUCAUUCGCACUAGCAAAAGAAGAUCGAAUCAGGGUGAACGACGAUGAUAAUGAAAGCGAUGGUGGAGAGAAUAGCGUAUCAUCACGAGAAAGAUACGGAAGCGAACUGCGAUGGAAUUCAUACAUGGAGAAUGAAACAUAUACGGACUUGUUGAAACGACAGAAUAGAGAAAUAAUUAAGUUAAGACAAAAGUGCAAAGAGUACGAAGAAUCACUAAAGAUCACGAAAUCUUCCAGGCGAAGUAAUAGUUGCAGUACGGAAAGUUACAAUAGUGGUAAGAAUAAUCGUAACGAUGGAAGUCCAAGUUUUAAGAGUGAUAUUAAAAGCCUUCAGAAUUUGUUGCAAAAAUUUACGUCCGUUACUGCUGAGACAGAAAUCAAUCAAGAACAGGCGAACGCGCUUUUAGAGCUAUACCAAUUGAAUACUGCAAAACCCGGUCUAAAAACUUUCAGAGAAAAAUUAGGCCACGCAUUAGAGGCACAGAUCGUCAAACGUCUCGGUGAACAAUUAGACGGCUAUUUCUCCGUUGAUAAAUCACCCGAUUCAAUGGAAGAUUAUGACGAGGACAACUUGGAGUUAGAUAUUGUAUCUACCACCGAGAAACUUGUAGCUUUAAUGACGAGAUUUGUGCAAAGGCGGGUGAAUGAUGACGGGUUGGCAAAGCAAGUUCCGAAAAGGGUUAGGAAGGUUGUUUAUGAGACAUUGAGUAAACACGCAUUUUCAUUGGAUUCUCAAAUUUUCGAAAACAACAAAAAUCGCAUAAAUCAUCCCUUCAUUACAUCGCUGGUACAAGAAUUAGUAAAUUUCACGGACCAAUAUAGAACUAUCAAGCAUUCUGAAGGAAUAUUAAAAGUGCAGAAUGAGGCGGAGAAACUUAUCAGAGAGUAUGUUUCUGUAAUGUGGUUCAAGCUAAAGGCUCUAGAUCCUGUACCUCAAACGCAUUAUUACCCCAAAGGAACAGGUGUUAACACAGUGUACAUGAAAGGUGACGUUCAUGGAGAGGAUGCAGGAAAGAAUAUAAUGACUAAUGGCGGAAGUAGUAGUUCUGGGAGCAAGGGAUGGGAUAUACAAGACACCAAGAAUCUGAGUGUUGAAAUUUGUUAUUUCCCUGCGAUAUUUGAUGAACGAACAAAUACGGUGUAUAGUAAAGCCCAAGUGAGUGUUAACUAA